CUAUGGUAGGUAGACACCUCUCAACGGAGGUUCCCAAGCUUUACAUUUACGGUACCCACCAUCUUAUCAGCCGUCAUCUAAGGUAUAGGCACGAGGGUAGUUCCGAUUCCAUCUCAUCUCAGCGAACGGGAUCGGCCUCUUCCAUGAUCCAACUCAGUGGCACGCGUGAAACUACUUCCAACCACCUUUAACAACCUUCUUCCCCCUACUUACGGUCGUCUUCGAAUACCGACAUCCACAGGUAGAUAUCCGACGACGGAUCCCGCUGGCUGACCUCGACUCGGCCUUGUCUAAAUCUGUUUUCCUAACAUCGUUGUCGCUGCUGCUUCUCCUACUCUGACCGCUCGCGCCACGAAAUACAUCUUGUCGAUCCUCUCUUUCGGAAGCCGUGGCGAUCUGCUUUUCCUAUCGCACACGAUAACAACGUAGCCAACAGCUUGCUCAAGCCGCCGUGCCGUACAUCCAUCUGCCCGUCCUGCCAACACAUCACACCUGUAUCUAAAAUUCCGAGCGCUCGUUUUCCGUCUGGAGCCAUGUUGGGCGUUGACCUGCAGGAUCUAACUUAUUAGAUCUCAACCCAUCGGAAUGCUCUCACAUCUCCGCUUCCAUAGACGAGGACCGUCUAAUCCCUCGUCUCCCAUACCCGACACCGGCAGUCCAUGGGACGCCACGCCGCUCCAGCCAACCCAAUUAGUCUCCGAAGAUGGUGUCCCAGCUCCUGAGGUCCUCCCGCGAUCAACUACCUCCGUCCCUUUCACCCAUGGUCAUGGGCAGCCGCCACCCCCGCCGUCGCAAUCCGUCGCGCCUACGGCUCCUCUACAUCAACAACAUCUGCAUCAUCAAGCCCCGUUAUUGCCUCCCACUGCCAGAGCCUCCUCUACCGACUCUGACAGAUCGAUGGACCCCGGGAGGUACGAACCGAAGCAGCGCGAAGAAGUGAGGCCCCUGCUACGAUCUUCCUACAACGAGGAGUCGGGGUUCAUUGGCGGCCUAGCGUUGGAGAACUAUCGCCGAGAACAAGAGGCGCGGAGACCGGGCCCUCUAGAUAGGACUACAGUUAAUAAGUUUGAUCAUCUGUCGUUCAAGUCCUAUUCCGGCUCAGCCAAUGCCCCGCAUCGUCCGCCUUCGACCGCUAGGCCCGCUAAGCCAAUGUCCUCGUUCGUCGCCCCUGGCACUCUCACGAAUAGUGUUUCGGCAGGAAGGCGACCUCCGGGUGCCAGAACCAUAGCGGAGCCUCCAACGUCCCAAAGUCAAACGGCUGCCCAAGAUCCUCCUAGGGGCAGGAAGAGCCUCCCUUUCCUGAAAAAUCCGAUGUCUACCUUAUUGAUGCGAAGGAAAACCAGCCAGAAUAUACCGGAUCUCACGUUGCCGUUGCGUGGCGGUGCCGAGGAGCCUCCGUACGAUCCUCGGAUCAAGGGCACCCGAGUUCACGAUUUCAGCGCUCCACGGCCAAGAAGAAUCGUGUCAAGCAAUGAACCAAUUAGUUCGAGGGUCGAGGAGCCUUAUCUAGAUAUUGCACCAUCUGCUCAAGGAUAUAAACCACCUGUUGUGGAAGCCCCGCCGGUUCCUCCCAAGGAUGAGAACUUCCAGUACACCCGAACAUCGUCGACGCAUUCUCGGGCGGUAUCGGUAGGUGCCGUGUCCCCGCAAGGGCCACGGGACCCCGACAAUCCCCAGCCUAGUCACAGACACAGAGGUGGUGGCGGAAAUAGCCCGCGAAGGAAAACCUCUGUUCCCCCGUCGCUGAUUCCGUUGUCUCGUGACUUAUCGAGGGCAUCCUUCAGAGACGUUGCUUCAUCGGUACCUAGACAUAUGAAAAGCACAUCCUCCAGGUUUAGUUUUGAUAUGGCUGGCGCGGCGCAGCAGGAGAGGCUUCUAGAAGAACGACACCGGCAGCGGCAACAAGAUAAGAAGGCAGAUGAAUCCACCGGCCGGCGAGAUUCCCGUUUUGAUGACUUCGAAGAGGACGCAUUUGACUAUGACGCAAUGGAUUAUGACGAUGGUCUCGAGGAACGCAUACCGGGUGUAAAUGCCGACCUAGAUGAGGAGGAUUUUGGAGGUGCAGACGAUCCUGACAAUGAUCAGGAGAAUUUUGCAGGCUUUAUUUUUCAGAGAUCUACCCCUGUAUCUGAACUGACCAGCCCUCAAAGCGUCGGAGUGUUUUCUACACCUAAGGACGCGAAUGGCAAUGCCGCCGGUUACACCACCUCUCACGAGACGUUAGGUAUCUCCCAAUUUUCGCACGUCGCCCCUGGCAUUCCAGGCGAAGUUAUGGGGGAGCUAGGAGAGCAGCUAGGCUCCACGGGCCUUGGUAUCCAGGGACUUGAGACUGUCAACGAGAUAUCUAAACAGCUCUCGACUCGGCAACAACAGGAGGUGACAACACAAAGAGUCCUCGACAAGGAUGACGAGCUCUACUUCAAUGAUGGGUUGAUCCAUGAUUUUGUCGGGGAGGGAGACGGCUCGGCAUUUGAUGAGUCUAUAUUUGACCUUAAUGAUACGGAUCAGUAUGGGAGGCCGAUCCCAGGCUUGUUCGCGAACGUGUUAUCACAAAGACAGACCACCGAGGUGACAAAAAGGAGAGAAUCCGACAUAACCUCAAGGCUAUCAGCACAAUCGGACUUGUCUCAUUCGACCGCCCACACCUCGCUUAGUGCUGGUCCGUUGUCUAAACCGCCAACAUCCGAACCUGAAGAAGGGACAAUAGCACGCUUAGAAGAGCGGCAGCCAUCAGCUUCGGACAUACAGGCCGCGGAGCGGGACCGUAUAGCAGCAUAUCAGGCCGCUCUAGCGGCGGCGGCCCACCAAGCUGCCGCCUCUGGCAAGUUCCGGAGAGAUUCCUCUCCGCCGCCGCCGGCUGAGUUGACGAUCGCGCCGCUAACGAUAUCUGGGUCAUCUCAACUGCAUGCCCAGGCUCAUGAACUCGAUGAUUAUGAAAUCGGCGAUGGGCUAUCUCUGGGGCUAGAGGACUACGAACUUGAUGAUGAUGAUAUUAUUGCCGAGGCGAACGCUAGCGCCCUCGCUAACGACUCUGACGGCUGGUAUGGACAAGAAUUCGGGUUUUACUCUGCUCCCGCGCCCGCCGGCCACCAUAAUACCAGCGUUCUGAGCGAGAAGAACCUGUACCAAUAUUCCCACGGUGGUUAUUUCGGCCCGACUGGGGCGAAUGGCGCUACUUUAGGUCGCGUUGUCUCACGUGAGCCGAACUUGACACCUAUCACGGAACGUUCCGAGUAUUCGAAUCGGAAUUCAAUCAUGAGCUUAGGUGUUCCCCAGAGCACGAAUAACAAUGCACCAGUACAAAGUCCGGGCCUGGCCCAAUUAGUGAUGAUGGCCGAGGAUGACAACAUGUCCCUUUCGGCUCUGCUUCGCCUACGUUCCAAAGCAUGGGGCGGCUCCCAGGCGUCGCUCGUAAGCUCGCGCGACGGGUCGCCUAGUGAUAGAAACGGCACUACCAGCCCAUGGGGACAAGACCAACUUGGUAUUGCACACGGACGGAAGAACUCGGCCUUCUCCAUCAUCAGCCAGGACUCCGUAGGAGCGGGUAGCGGCGCAGGCAGCCCCACGCUUACCAUGUCGAUGAAUGCGCCGAACAGCAUCAUUUCACCACUCCCCGUGUCGCUGAACCCCAACCCUCGCUCCACAUCGCCUGCCAGUGCACCCGUCUUCUCUCCUCUGCAACCAACUGCGGGCUGCCCACCGGUGUUUGAGGACGAAGAGACGAGCCCUCUCGAUAGAAGGAAGACCGAAGUGGGGGGUGCAUGCACUGUAGCGUCGGGCACACUGUCCAGGCCCCCUGGCGGAGGCACGAGUCCAAUGACGGGCAUCACCUCCCAGAAAAAGCCGGGCAUGGGUCACAGGCAUAGGGGGAGUGCGGACAGCAUCUCGUACUCAAGAGAGGAAGAUAGCGGCGAGACGCGAUGGGUCAUGGAGCGUCGCCGCACUUCGGAGUCGGGGGAGGUCGAGGUCUUGGGCCGGGAAGUGGUCGAUAGGGGACGGAUCUAGUUGGUUCUGGUCUGUCUGCCCGAUUUUGGUGCAUUGGCAGCUCGCCUUUCGGCCCCCUGGGUUGGGGCGCUGGGAUCAAUGCCAAAGCGCGGGGUUUUCAAUGUCUCGCGCCUAACCGGGUAUCCUCUGGUCUGAUGUUAGGGGAACUGGAGAGACGGCGGAAGUCGUAUAUGCUUCGUCUCGCUCGGGUACAAAAGAUUAGCACCGUGUGGUGCUCUCAGACGAGCGAAGGCUACCGUGGGGCAGGCUGGCUCCCCCACCUUGUAUAUUUCAAAUGCCCACGCAGGUGAGCGCGUUGUGCCUAGUAUCUAAUAUCGGCUUGGUUUAGGCGUGGAUAACGAUGCUUGGAAACUGUGGUAGAGAAAACAACACUAAUAGCGAUCUAUCCUCAGCGUAUGUGCCUAAGUAUGCACAUCUUGUAUAUAUUAGGGACGUGGACGCAGAUAACCCAAGACCGUUGUGGGGUGGAAUAUCCAUUUAUGCAGGAAACAGAAAUGCUGGCGCCGUAACAUACCUCCGCUGGAGCGGAGACUAUGUCGGUACCUCAGGGGCCCUACCUCGAUAUUCAAUACCGUGAAGACAAGGUGCUAACCGCAGGGUCU